AUUAAUAUGGAAAGUAGGGGAAAGUUUAUACUUUCCAAAUUGAAAAACCUUAAUACGUUCACUGAAGAUAAUCUGAAACCUGAAACUAAUGAUUGUCCUAGCAAUCAAUCAGUAGAAGUUCCACGAAGAAAUUCCACUCCUUCACCGACUUUAACCGAAUUAAAAGUAUUGAAUCCAGAUUGCACAUCCAUCCUCGUUUUACCUGACAAUGACUCAACCCAAUGGAAUUUUAACAUGCAUGAAAGUGAAAAUAUCCAAGUUGAAAGAGAAACUAGUAAAGACGUACAUCUUCUUAAUUUCAUUUCAACUCCAGUAGAACCAGAGUCAAAUGAAUGGGAGCUAGAGACGAUAACACAAGUGACAAACAUGGAACAAGAAUCUGGAGCAUCGACAACACACUGGAAGAUUUAG